CACCUGUUUUUCUCUACCGGCGUCAUUUCACUGCAGACAAUCACACGGGAUAGAGUGCACAAACUAAUUGGUAAUUCGUUCAGAUUGGAUUUAAUUUGUGACAAUAACAUUCAUUCUUUGGAAGUCAAGAUGACCGCAAAGAAGAUGAUUGGACCUGAAAGACACAGAGAGCGUGUUGAGGAGGUGCUUAGGAGUUUGGACGUACCAUCAGUCAGGGGUCAAAAGGUUCUCAUUACUGGAGGUGGUGGAUUCUUUGGUAUUCACCUAGCGAGGGCGCUACACAUGUUAGGAUGCUCGGUACUCAUCACCGAUAAAGGAAACCCUAUUGAAGACUACCAAGAUGACAUCAAAUUUGUUCAGGGAGAUAUUCGGGACAGAGAGUUAGUGGAGAAACUUUGUGAGGGAGUCGACGUUGUGUUUCAUAUUGCAUCCUUUGGAAUGUCAGGUGCUGAUAUGUUGAAGAAAAAAGAAUUCAUAAGCAGUAUCAAUGUUGGCGGUACAGAGAAUAUCAUCGAAGCUUGCAUAAAGCAUAAUGUACCCAGGCUUGUCUAUACUAGUACGAUUAACGUUGUCUUAGGUCAUGAGCCAUUUGAUAUGAAGACAGAGGCGGAGCUUCCUAUUAUACCCCCACAAAAUCAUGCGGAUGAUUAUUCUAGAACCAAAAGCAUUGCAGAACAGCUAGUUAAGAAAACAAACGGCAGACAAACAGAAAAUGGAGGGGUACUACAUACAUGUUCUAUUAGACCACCAGGCAUCUACGGUGCAGGAGAACAGAGACAUUUUAACAGGAUCGUUAAUCUGUUAUCACUAUAUAAAGCCAACUUAGGAAGUCGUGAUACGUUAACUAACUGGGUCCAUGUGGACAACCUUGUGAAUGGACAUUUACUGGCAGCAGAGGGCCUAGCAUCAGGAAAGAAACACAUAGCGGGAGGGCAAGCUUAUUUCAUAACAGACGAGACGCCCAUUAAUAAUUGUUUAUUCUUCAAGCCGAUCAUCACUGGUCUCGGUUACCAGUUUCCUGAUACAUGGAUACCGCUUAACAUCUUAUGGAUGAUAGCCCUGAUGUUUGAGAUUGUGCACUUUAUUCUGAAGCCAGUUUAUCACUUUGUUCCUUUUCUCAACCGGACCGAGGUUUACCAAUCAGCAUUACAUCACACUGUUAGCCAUAACAAAGCUAGUUCCGAGCUCGGCUACAAACCUCUCCAGCGUGAUCUUGAAGACUCUUUGGAACAUCUAAGACAACUUGGACACGGUAAAGAAACCAACCCUGGUGGUGACUGGACUUCAUCCUUGCUGCUUAAGAUCAUCAUUAUUGUCGUCUUUAUUCUAUUGAUAGCAGUCUUACUUUAAGAUGAUAAUCAAGCCGUCAGAAGCAGUGUCCACGGCCAAUUUAAGUUGACCAAAUUUUUGCACUUCACUGAGUAUUAAAGGCAUUUGAUCACCUUUGUUUGAUGUCCCAGGUCAGUAUGCUCAUUAGAUGUAUCCCAACAUAUGCAUCAAACAACAAACCUGUGAAAUUAGGGCUCAAUUGGUCGUUGAAGUUGCAAGA